UUGUGUCUCAAAUCGAACCUUCCGCCAUAGCAUCGCGCUUCGAUUCGGCUAAUAAGGUGCUCGGUGUUCUGACUUUUAGAAAGCUCAGAUUUAUUUUUCGUCGCAAAUUAUCAUAAAACGCGACAAAGAUGGAUGAACAAUACGAUGCCAUCGUGCUUGGAACAGGCCUUAAGGAAUGCAUCCUCAGCGGCAUGUUAUCUGUGUCCGGCAAAAAGGUUCUGCACAUCGACAGAAACAAGUACUACGGCGGUGAGUCCGCUUCAAUUACUCCUCUCGAAGAUCUCUUCAGCCGUUUCAACGCACCAAAGCCUGACGAAUCCUACGGCCGAGGUCGCGACUGGAAUGCAGACCUCAUUCCAAAAUUCCUCAUGGCUCACGGACAACUUGUCAAGUUAUUAAUCCACACGGGUGUUACUCGGUAUCUGGAGUUCAAGUCGGUGGAAGGCAGCUAUGUCUACAACAAAUCCGGCAGAAUUUCAAAAGUCCCUGUGGAUGAAAAGGAAGCCUUUUCGUCAGAUUUGAUGGGACUGUUUGAGAAACGGCGCUUCAAGAACUUUUUAGUCUACGUCCAGGAUUUUAGAGAUGACGAUCCCAAGACCUGGAAAGACAUGAACCCCAACACUACCACGAUGAAGCAAGUCUAUGACAAGUUUGGCCUGGACCCCAACACACAAGAUUUCACUGGUCAUGCGCUAGCCCUGUACAGGGACGAUGACUACUUGAAUCAGCCCUCUUUGACUACCAUUCGUAGAAUCAAGCUGUACAGUGACUCUCUGGCCCGAUAUGGAAAGUCGCCGUACCUGUAUCCAAUGUAUGGGCUUGGAGAGCUACCCCAAGGUUUUGCCAGGUUGAGUGCCAUUUAUGGAGGCACAUAUAUGCUAGACAAACCCGUGGAUGAGCUUGUUAUCGAGAAUGGCUGUAUCGUGGGUGUCAGAUCAGGCAACGAGGUGGCAAGGUGCAAGCAAGUCUACUGCGAUCCAUCGUACGUGCCCGAAAAAGCUAGAAAAACGGGACAAGUUAUCAGAUGCAUUUGCUUGAUGAAUCAUCCUGUACCGGGCACCAAUGACGCCCUCUCGACACAAAUCAUCAUCCCCCAAAAGCAAGUUGGCCGCAAGUCUGACAUAUACGUUUCAUUGGUGAGCUACACGCAUCAGGUAGCAGCGAAGGGCUGGUUUAUCGCGAUGGUGUCGACCACUGUUGAAACUGAUACACCUGAAAAUGAAAUCCAGCACGGUCUCCGACUCCUUGGGCCUAUUCAGCAAAAGUUUAUUUGGAUCCAAGAUUAUUAUGAGCCAAUUGAUGACGGGCUGAGCUCGGGCAUCUUCAUCAGCAAAUCCUACGAUGCAACCACUCACUUUGAAACUACCUGCCUUGACGUGCUGGACAUCUUCCGUCGAGGCACCGGUGAAGAUUUUGACUUCUCAAAAGUCAAGCACGAUCUAGGCGACGAAGAGCUGUAAAGCUAUUAUACCUUCAGAAAAUUCCCUUUUUAUUCUACUUGUGCAUUUCAUGAUUCUACACUAGAAGUUUGAAAUUUGUGCUUGCCAAAUACGGUUUCAAAUGCAGGACUAUUUUUUUCCUCAUUAUUGUUGUAUUCGGGCACCUUUUUUCACCUAGCAAAAUUUUUAUACAAAGCGUCAACUUCAUUUUUCUGGGUUUUACUGUACAUGAUGGAAUAUUAUACUCUUAUUAAUUGUGUUGGUAAGUUUCAUGCAAGCUACUAUAACUGUAAACAAGUUAAGAUAAAUUAAGCUUUACAGCCAGUUGUCUUCUUUCCAAGAAAAGUUCACUUAUGUUUUCCUUGAUGACUAGAUGGGCAAAACUAGACAUUUUUUUUAAUUGAAUUUUGUGAAAAGAUUUGGAUCAGAAGAUCAAGUGCAUGGGAAUAUAUAAAAAUAAAUGCCAUUUAAAACUAGCAACAUUUUGCUGCAUUCAGUGAAAUUAAAUAUCAUCUGUCAAAAUAAUGCAAUGAAUGUUAAAUUCGUUAGGUCAUGACAGAAUUUUGAAAUUCAAAGUCAAACGACACUAUACAUUUGUGCGUAAAUUUCUUGUUAAAAAAUUGUAGAAGUCGCAAAAUCGGGAAAAGUUCUUUUUUUAACCGUUCAAUUGUGUCGCAUGCUUGAAUAACUGCAUUGAGGAUUUUUAAUAUACUGAACAAAUUAUCUUUCUGUUCAAAUCAUUCUUUCGCCGCAGUCGAAAGCCAUGUUAUGUUUACAAGAAUUCUUUAUGCCUGAAUUAAGAUAAAUCUAAAACUAAUUCUGUCUGUAUGUUGACUUAUAGUGGUAAGAAAAAUAUGAAUAGAAGUAAAAAUGUCAAUGUACGAAAUAAAGGAUCAAGAAAAAAAGCGGAUGACCUCUUAU